GCGACGCCCGCCGCGGUUUGCGCGUCCUUCCCCCGUUCCGGCGGACGAGUGACAGAACGUGAAUGAUUUGUAUUUCGCGUAAAACUCGGUUAUUUGGUCCCGCCGCUUUUGCUGGAGUAACGCCAACGAAUCGGACCGACUCGACGUUCGGGGAUCACCGGGCAGCUGACGACACGAAGAGCGUUAGCUGCUUAUUAGCGUCCGCUAACGGGUUAGCUUAGCCUCGCCUGGCUCUAGCGGGCGUCCGAAGCAGGAAUGACGGCCCCGAACUCGGCCGAGAGGAGAGCGUGCUGGGGGGCCCGGGACGAGCUUUGGAAGUGUCUGGACGACAACGGCGACCAGCUGUCUUCCUGCCAGAAGCUCCAGGAGGAGUUUGAAUCCCGGUGCCCGGCUCAGUGGGUGAAAUAUUUCGCCAAGCGGAGAGACUACCUGAAGUUCAAGGAAAAGAUGCAGACGGAGGGAUUCAAACCUGCUGAAGGCCCUCAGACAUCUUGACCACUGGACAGUGGACAAUAAAAGACUGUGGACAGUAGCAAAAACAUUUGCACCUUCUUGGACGUGUCGGACUUUGAGGUCAUGAGCUGCUGGUUUGUGAGAUGGUCAUGUUUCAUCUUUCCUGACAGACGAACGUUUUAAAAGGGGGCACAAUACUUACAGCCUUCAUGUAAAUCCUGGGCGGUGAGACAGCAUCUCAUUUAUUUGCACACUGUCGAAAUAUACAAGCAAAAUAACUUCAACAGCUGAAAAAUAUUUUAAAAAAAGACUGCCGUUGUGUUUUGAUAAGAUGGAAGAACACAAUGUGCACAAAUAAGAAAUAAACAACAUACAUGAAGAAGAACUAGAGAGCAGUACUGUUGACCUGGUAAAUAGUCUCC